AUGGAUGCCCAGCUUGUGGUUGGUCUGGCUGGCCUGGUAGUAGGCUGGGUUCUGAGGGAUCAGUCCAUUCCUGUGUCUGUCCCAGCCCCUUGCCAUUGCCGUUGCGAGUGUAUCACAUCGAGCAGUGGCCUGAAUAUUGCUGGGUUGAUCUUUGGCCUGAUCUUGGCGAGUCUUGGAGUUGUAUUCCUGUGGAAGGGGCAGAUUGGAGCUGUUUCUCCCCCAACUCCGACCAAAGGAGGUAAGGGAGUCUACGCACCGAUUCCUCCAGACAUCAACCCCAUGACGGUUUAUGGUUUUGGAGCAGUUGAUCCCUUGACUAUGGCUAGAUUGAGGGCACAAGCCGAUGCUAUGGCCGUGGGAGCUAGAGCUCUUCACCCUGCUCCUCCUCCACUCCACCGCCAGGUGUGCCAGGUGUUGCAAUGGCUUGGGGUCCCUGAUACCUGGGUUGUGAUGGAAGAUGGAGAGGCUCACAAGAAGGGAGAUGUAGUUGCAGUUGACCCGAGUCCCUUGCCUGCUGGGCACAUUGCCUUGGGAAACCGUGCUAUUCUUCCAUCGGGCAACAAGCAUGUGGCUCUGCAGAAGGUUCCAGCUGCAGAUGCUCCUAGUCUAAAAUUGGAGGACAUCCGCAUCCUUCCUGUUCAAUUUGAUGCUCAAGGGACGCGGCGGAGAGAAUUCAACAUUGCUGUGGCGUCAUUUGUGGACACGAUUCCCCAGGGUGGUGGACUUCAGCUGCAAGGGCCCACAUCAAUUCUCAACAUAGUGAAGAUGAUGCGCGAUCAGAAUUUCACCCCGACGACUUUCCAUGAGCAUUGGGUUAGAACUGCAGACGUCGCAAAAGGGGACCGCUCAGUGUAUGAGCAGGAGUGUUUGUCAAGGAUUCUCGAGUCCAUGAUCACCAUCGACCAGAUCAAUGUGCCCUGCUUGCAAAGCGCAGAACUGUUAGUUCGCAGGAUGCAGGUCAUCCGUGAGGCCCAUAGAAUCUCACCGGGCUCACCGGACUACUCGUCAGCUGAUGUGAUGAUGGGCUGGAAAUACCGUAGGUCAGGUCAAGGUGUUGACUCUGAGCUAGCAGCACACGUUGCUCAGGAACUGAAGAAUGAGGCCAUGAUUGCUAAGGAAUCAAGGAAAGCGAGAGAGGAGCAAGACGCCCGCCCCCGCAAUGCCCGGAACAACAACAAGAAGAAGGUCAACGAUGGUGGCGGGGGAGACCAGCCCAAGCAGCAGGUGAUGCAUUUGGCAUUGCUGCCAGUCCGAGGGAAAUGGCGAAGAGUGGCAAUUUUGUUUUUGAUGGGAGCGAUAGGCAUAGAGGCCUUUUUCCUCUCCCUCUCCUUCUCUGCAGACAUCAUCAGCACGAUCAUCCCAGUUCAUCCCAGAGGAGAAGACUGGCAAGAUUCAAUCGGAAAGCGACAAGAACGGUUCUGCAAAACAGCCUCAGCUAUAUAUGAUGAGGCGGUGGACACAACUGUUCGUCCCUACCAACCAGACCUGGUCUCUCUGCCACAGGUUGGUGCUGAUCCACCCCAACUUGUUGACCUGGUGGAUGACUAUGGUCGUGAGAUUUUGGAGGACUCUCUGGGACACAUGAUGCUUAGCGAAGAUGAAUGGGGGGAGAUGCUCGAGAAGGGACCCCGCAUCACACCCUACAUGGAUGUGAUCUUGAAGAGCAAUGCAGAACAGUAUAUCGAGUUUGUGCAUCGUUUGUUUCAAGGUGGCAUGAUCAAUUUCAUUGACCGUCCGCAGGACCUGGCUUGCCCGUUUUUCGUGCCCAAGAAGAACAAGAGGCUCAGGUUGGUCCUAGAUUGCCGGAGUGUCAAUGAACGUUUUCAACCUCCACCAAACCUCUUAAUGGCUGCAGGCGCCACUUGGGCCAAUCUGGAGUUGCCAGAGGAGGCCACCAUGUUCGUUGCCCAGAGCGACAUUCGUGACUAUUUCUAUUCCUUAGGUCUUCCUGAAGAGCUACAACCAUUCUUUGCACUCCCUGCCAUACCUGUUGAGGCCAUGGCGACCUGGGGCCAGGACCGACUUCUGGUGUCUGACCGGGUGCCGCCCUCACUAGAUGGAGGCGAGCCAUUCAUCAUUGCGUACGCAAACAAUUUGAAUGUUGGAGGUUUAAAUCAAGAAAAGGUUCAGCGCGCGAAAGAUGGCGCAGUGCAACGGCUCAGGUCUUCGGGCUUUGGCGUUCAUGAGGAAGUGGAUGCCAACACCCUUGUCGAGUCCUUGGGCUUUCAAAUUGAUGGCGUCCAAGGGCUGGUCACACCCAUACCCCACAAGUUGGGGCUAGUGAUUGCUGCCUUCAGGUAUUUGAGCUCACGGCCGCGCAUCAAUGGGAAAGGCGUGGAGAAACUGAUUGGUCAUGCUGUACACUUCAUGUUACUGAGGAGGGAGCUUUUGUGUUGCAUGCGCAGUCUCUAUGAUUUUGUGCAGCACUCAUACUGGAACAGGUCUAGACUUUGGAAGUCAGCUGCAUCUGAAGCCCGGGUCAUAGCUAGCUUGCUUAGCGUUUGUUUUGCAAAUCUCAAACGACCCUGGUGCACGACGGUUUCUUGUUCUGAUGCAUCUCUUAGUGGUAUUGCUGUUAGCUCACGUGUUGCAGACAUGCAGACCAUCAAAGACAUUGCUCAGCAGCGGGAGGGUUGGCGUUUCAAGCACAGAGACUUCACAGCUCCGCGUGUGAAUGCAGACGUUGACACAAAAGUGAAGAAGCCUGACCCCUUCAGCGAUGUCAGCACAGUCAAGCCAAUUUAUGUUUUGCCACGGGAUCCCUUUAUGAUUGAUGAGGCAUUUGUUGAAGUUCCUGAUGAUUUCAUGGAUGAGUCACAUUGGCAUGUUGAUUUUGCUUGCUACAUGGAAAUUGCGGAGGCAAUCACCGUUUUGGAGUCUAGAGGGGUGGUAGCGGCUUUUCGUAGGAGGGCUAGGGCCAUAUCCGCCGACAACAGGUCAAAGACCAAAGGCAGGAAGAGAAGACAAUCCUCUCCUCCUACGGACCCUGGCCUAGCCGGAAAGGAGGUAGCAAUGCUGAGAGGCAAGUCAGUGAAGACACAGCCAUCUCUCGGGAUGAGGCGCUUUCUGAUCAGGAAAUCCACCCAGGGUCACAACAAAGAAGACAAAGCCGCCAAGAGGAAGAGGCUGAUUCAAGCCACGAAGAUGGAGAGGUUUCCAAAUCAGUCUUUUCUGGAACAGGUGGCUGUAUCACACGAAGUAGCUCUGGAUUAUCAAAGACGGAUGAGGGCCUUCAUGAACUUUGUGAAUCUCCUAGGGUUGGUUGCCAAUACCCCAGCGAAAUUAGACGAGUGCUUGACAGAGUAUCUCAACUACAUGUUCGAGGAAGGUUGCGACAUAUCAGAAGGAAGCAAAACCCUCGUGGCCGUGUUAGACAACCGCCCCGAAUGUUCCCACAAGACCAUGAUGACAAGAUCCAGAAGAGGCUUGCGUGGCUUGACAAACAUGGACCCGGGAUCAACAAGACCCCCAAUUCCUUUUGCUUUGAUCGCCCUGAUUGCGAGCAGGUUGAUGCAACAACGCCUGAACGAGUCAGCGCUGGCCAUCCUGCUGGCGCUGGGAAUUCAAUCUCAGGAUGUGGUGCUGCCGUCAAGGGCGGUGAAAUAUUAUGCCAUCAACCUGCAUCCCAUGGAGCGACUGGAGACCAGCAAAACGGGACUCAGCGACGAGUCCAUUCUGCUAGAUUCUCCAGUAGUUCCUCAGUUAGGGCCAAUGUUGGGAAGACUCAAACGGAAUGUGAAAAUGGGUCCAUUGUUUUCCAGCAACUAUGCCAUGCUGAAUCAGCACUGGAAGGACACCUUCAAAAACCUAGGGAUGCAAAAGAGUUCAGCAGUACUGUAUCAGCUCCGCCACUCAGGUCCAUCUCACGACCGACUGCACAAACUCAGGAGCACUUUGGAAGUCAAAUUGCGAGGGCGGUGGGAGUCGGACUCCUCAGUAAAGAGGUACGAGGCUCACAGCAAACUGGCUUUGGAAUUUCAGAAUUUACCAUUGGAAGUUUAA